AUGGCUACCCAAAGGCCCUCUUACUUCGGGAUUGGACAGGACUUGAGUCUCCUGAAAGACUACAUCCCAUAUGUACUCAGCGACAAGAUGAUCUUCUGUGCCAUGAUUGCCAUGUCGUCCACGGCUGCCAACAUUGCAGCCUCCGGAAAUCGUGAACGGAGCCCUGAGACUUUGAAGUAUUAUCAGUUCGCUCUCUCCUUAUUGAGGCAAAGACUGGCGACGGAAGGAGACCAUCCUAGUGAUGCAGUCAUCAUCACCUUGAGCAGCUUGUGCGGAUUUGAGGCAAUGUCAGGGAACUACGAAGGCCUAGAUAUGCAUACACAAGGCAUCAAACAGGUUGUUGCGUUACGCGGAGGUGUUGACUGUCUAGGAUUUGAUGGAUAUUUGAAAACAAUUGCAAUUGCCUGGCAAACCUUCUACAACGCCCGUCAUUCCAGAAUUCUAGACGAUGAAGAACUCUUUCCCAAGAACGGCCAGCUUACCUACCCCGUUCACCCGUUCGAUCCGUCAUUAUGUGAGGCAGUUGCGAGGCUGCCAACAGGUCUGUCCGAGAUGUCAUUGGCGGGAUUAUUGAGUUAUCAGAUUAUAUUACUUGUUGGACGUAUCACCAACUGGAGUCAUAAUAUGAGCAAGGCUUUCAAAGAAGUUGACAUAUACAGUCUGCACAGGAUGUCGGCUAACUCUCGCCAUGUCACAUUAUGCGGAGAAUUCCUGCACCGGCCAAAUGUCUCACUCAUUGAGCAACUCGUUGUCCUCGCACUGAUGGGAUUCUGUUAUAGUCUCGAUGCGACUCGAGCAAUGUUCUGGAUGACAAAUGCAUAUUUGCAGAUACGCUGUCGACAUCUCAACAAUGGGCAUAUUGAACUGGCAGAUAAAAAUCGAAAUCAUGCGGUCUGGAUUGGAACGACACUCGUGGCAACGUAUGAUCUGGGCACCCAAGCUUCUAUCCUCGGCAUGUCGUUAUUGAAUGCUCAAACGAUGCUUCCAGACUGGCAAAAAAAUGUCAAACUCUGCGAGCAGUAUUUCUGGAACGAUGCAUUAUCGCUCAAGCUAGCAGCCAAAAUCGGAAAUCUGUCAAAAGGCAGGAAACCCAUCAAAUAA